AUGCGGCUUUUUAUUCAACUCCCCAUUUAUGCUUUCUACGCUGCUGGUAUCGUGCUUCCGUUGCUAGAAGACAUUGGAGUCAAAUCUCCUCUCAAGGAUGUUGGACUUGACGAACAGAACACCAUUGAGUUACCAGGGACGGAUACGCAUCCAGGACUUGCACCUUUAUUUGAACUGCAAAACCCGAUUCAAGGAAAGUUUAUCGUUGUGCUAAAUGAUGGGAUCUCAGCCUAUGAUUAUUCGUCGCACACUGCCUGGAUCAAAGAGAUCAAUGGUCCAGUGCAAGAAGAGAGCAAUAAAGCAGUCAAAUUAUUCAAAAAUCUACACUUUGCUGGAUACAUUGGCUAUUUUAGCGAGGAGGUGUUGCUUCAAAUUCGGGAAAACCCCGCUGUCAAGUACGUUGAGCAAGAUGGGCAGUUUGAAUUUCAAGAGACUAGUGCUCAGGAAAAGGCUACCUGGGGUAUCUCAAGACUUUCAUCCCGUGAAAAAGUGCCUGGAUUGAGCUCAUACAUUCACGAUCCAAAAGGCGGUGAGGGAGUCACUGCGUAUUUGAUAGAUAGUGGGCUCAAACUUGACCAGGAUUUUGAAGGCCGGGCCUCAUAUGGCAAGGCCAUAUCGUUUCCUCAUAACUCCCAGGAUUUGUUAGGUGAUGGUACACAUGCCGGUGGUAUUAUUGGCUCCAAAACUUGGGGAGUAGCCAAGCAAGUCCAUAUUGUAUCAGUUUCGGUGGCCAACUUCUAUGGUGGGGUUUUUGUUUCCGAUAUCAUAACAGCGCUUGACUGGGUGGUCCAGGAUCACAAGAGAAAGGUGAGGCAGGCAGUCAAGGGAUUCAAAGGCUCCACUAUCAAUUUGUCUAUCGGAGGUUACGCAUCGAGCGCUAUAGACGAUGCCGUUAAUGCUGCUUCCAAUGCUGGGUUGCACGUUGUGGUUGGCGCUGGAAACGAUGAUGACGACGCUUGCAAGACCUCGCCUGCAAGAGCUAGCAAGCCCAUAACAGUGGGUGCGAUUGAUAGCAAUGACGUGAGAGCCAGCUUUUCAAACUUUGGUAAGUGCGUUGACAUUUACGCUCCAGGUCUGGAUAUUGAAUCUGUUGGUCUUAUUUCGAGCCCCUUUAAGAUGUCAGGAACUUCUAUGGCCGCACCACACGUCACUGGUCUCGUUUCAUACUUCCUCUCUUUGCAGCCAGGCGUGAAUUCUGAGUUUUUCAGCUCUCUAGCCGAGCCUUCGGAGGUGAAGAAAAGGAUUCUUGAAUUUGCUACAUAUGGUACAAUUACGAAGCUACCACAAGGUUCCAAUAAUCUUCUUGCUUUCAACGCUACUUACAACCACGUCUUCAUGACAGCUCAAGCCAUUGAGGACUUUGAGGCCUUUUUAGAGGACAAUUUUGAGCCUACAAAGUUUGCAUCCUCCCUACUACUAGCCACCAAUGUUGCCGACGACUCAGAGCUUGAUUUGGCGACACCAAUCAAAAAGCUACAGUUUGAUGCCAACGAGUGUGAAUCUAGAAUGGAGCAGAUAGCACGCACACAUACCGAGGAGCUCGUUGCCAGCUUCACGAAGAUAGAACUGACGAAAAACGUCAUGGAGCUGUCGGUGACACCGCUGGUGGAGAGAGUCAAGAAGCUGUAUGCUCGAAUUCAGCGUGAGAUCGUCGAUCCAUACAAAGAAGCCAACCAGCUCAACGAAGCGCUUCAAAGAAUCCACACCACAUCAACGCUUCUUCGAGGGGCCAGCUUCCUCAUUAUGUUCAUCCAACAACUACAAGACUGCGAGGCCGCAGGGUCUGACUCUGUGAGAAUGGCCAAACUCUAUAGUUUGAUGGGCCGCUUCUACAAGGGGCGCUUGCUCCUGAACCUGCCAGACUUUGGCGAUGUUUUUUCAUUGAAGUUUGUGAAGGAGUACAGGGCCAUCUUCCAGGCUCGCUCGACCGAGUUUUUGAGCUCGCUCUCUGAGAAGAUCUCCAACGACAUUGCACACCAUAACUCAUUCAAGGAGUCAAACGACUCUUUGCGAAGCAAUAUCAUGGCCUUGCAUAUUUUGGACAGUGCGGAGCUUUUUCAGGUAUUGGAUAAGGGUGCCCUUUCGAAAUCAGUUCAAAUUGCAUCCACACAGCUUUCCAGAGCAUUGCAAUCUCCACGUAGCUUUGGCGCUGCUUUGGAGGAUACUAAACGAUUUGCUCUGCAAUUUACCACCACACUCGAGUCUUUACUUCGUGCUUGUGUAUCAGAGGACCAUCUGUUAUACACUGAAUUUGUCGAACAUCUUCAGGCUGCCUCGCUUAAGACCGUGUAUUGGGAAAGGCUUGUAACAAAAUUCAAAAGAAACAUUGCCACGACAAUGGCAAGGGGAGGUCCAAUCGCCAAGUCACUCGUUAACAACUACCCCAAUAUGGCGAAUGCUGUGAAGAAGAUUUUUGAUAACGAGACAGCACGCCUUUUGCUAGACGCUAUUGUCAUCAUUGACAACGCUCCUAAAUAG